UAUGUAUGUUGAUUACAAAGGCUGAUCUGUUGAAAACUCUUUACACUGCCUGUUGGUUCUGCUGGAUUAAGAUAUCCAAGGGGUAUUAAAAUAGUGACAGGGGUGUGUGUUUGAUUGCUGUAAUGUUUGAUUCUUCAAGGCUAUUCCCAUAUAAUAAAGCUCUUGUUGAAAUUGAUUCAUUCAAAUUUCCCAUAAAAUGUACACCUGAACAAAGCCCAGGAGUUUACACACAUGGGUAGUUUUAUGUAUGUAUAUGUAUGAUUGUAUACUGUGGGUGUAUUGGGUGCUAUAUUUAGAUGAAUACCUGACCUUGCAAUGUGUGUGUAACCUGUUAAGAGAUUGUAGGUCACAGACAAAUAAAACCCAGGUCCUUAGGAAUGUGGCACAUUGUUCAAUGUCAGCACAAAUCUGAGUACAUGUCUGAACAGAUCACAUACUUACCUGUGUUCUGUCAGCCAGGUGUAUCUGUCCUACCUGUACCUCACUAAUUAGUCCAGGACUCAGUCAGGUAAAUUACCUCUACUACAUUGUAAGUAAAAUCACUGAUUAGAAAUACCACCACAAAUUCUUACCUUAAUUGUCAAUUGAUAAUGGAAAAUAGAUAAGUUCAAAUAUCAUAAACAAUGGAGUUUAAUUGCUCCUAUUUUUAGAUUGAUUUGUCACUGGCAGAUUUUUUCCUAUCAGAAGAUUGUUGUUUUGACUUGUUUGUUUGUGGGGAUUGUUUUACAAAUUGUUAUCCGCCCACUCUGUCAUUAUGCCCAGCUUUCAUUCAUAAUUGUUACUACAUAUUUAACCAUUCUACUUUCAUUUCUGUUAGAUAAAAUAAUCAAUCUAUUAUUGCGUGCACCAGGAAGGUAGGAAAAGCCUUUUCCUCUAGAGGGUGCUUUAAACUUUACCGUCAACCCAAUUUCUUUGUUCGAGUUGCACAAAGUUCUAUGUAGUCUUUGAUGCUAAGAUGUUUUGCGUCACCCUGAGUACGUGUUUGAAUGCAGUAUUGUUUAGCUGUACCAAUUCAUUAAUUAUAGGGGAUGGUUAGAAAGGUUUCUUGUUCUGCGAUUUGUGACGUGCUUUUGCUUGCGUAGAUGUGCUGCAUGCAACACUGUCUUCUGAUAUUGAUUUUUGUUUCAUAGUUGACAAAGCCUGUGAUGUUUUCAUUUGCUUAUAAAGAAUUUGAAAGAUAUUUUAUGCUAAAUGGAUGGGUUGUUUUAUUGGUUUCAAGGAAAAAGAAAUGACAGAGUUAUUGAUGAUUUCUCUGUUAACGUGUUCAAGUUUAGAGACAGAUGUUGAUGUUGAAACUAUACAAAAGAAGUGAAGGGGAGACAGUUAAAAAUCUAGGGGCAACUCGUGCAUUUCAGCAAGUGCUGUAUACAGAGCCUGGAUUUAAACGAGCAAACGAGAUCCAUAUACGUCUGGGGCUGAUUCACAAAACCCUACAUAACCACGACGCAAGUAUCAAGCAUUUCCGACAGGCAUUGAGUGACUCCAACAAAUGUUCUCUCUCUAAGGCUCAGAUUCGUCUCCAUAUUGCCCAUCUGUUGGAAAUUCAGGGAAAGUACAAGCAAGCCAAGGAGGCCUACGAACAGUUUGAGAGUCAGGACGGUAACGAGCCUCAGGUCAAGGCCACAGCCCUCAAACAGCUGGGUUGGUUGUACCACAUCACGGAACAGCUUGGAGAUAAGAAUCGGAGGGAGUCCCUAGCCGUACACUACCUCAAGGAAUCCCUGGCAGCUGACAACGGUAACGGACAGACCUGGUACCUCUUGGGAAGGUGUUUCUCUACUCUGGGAAAAGUCCAUGAUGCUUUUGUGUCAUACCGCAACUCGAUUGACAAGUCUGAGGCCAGCGCAGACACCUGGUGCUCGAUAGGAGUACUCUACCAACAGCAGAACCAGCCUAUGGAUGCACUCCAGGCCUAUAUCUGUGCUGUACAGUUGGAUAAGACACACACUGCCGCCUGGACAGAUCUGGGAAUUCUCUACGAGAAUUGUGACCAGCCGAAGGACGCACUGGCCUGUUACAUCAAUGCCACACGACAAAAAGGAGGACUUAAUUCAAAUUUGUCAACAAAAAUCAAGUAUCUACAGCAGCAUUUAGACAGUAUUGCUGUACAACAUCUUCAGACCAAGCAGAAGAAAUUGCCGAGCAUCGAGGAAGCUUGGGCACUGCCUAUUCCUGCAGAACUGACCUCUCGGCAAGGUCAGGGAGCCAUCACACAGCAUCCAAUGGGAAAGAAUGCCAUGCUUCAUUCUCAGCCAAUGGGAGUUCAGCAGAAUACCUUGUCACCUGUCAACCCAGGGGUCAUGCUCUCAGAUGACCCAAUGGCCAAAAAGAAGAAUCUCAAAAGGCCAUCUUCUGAGGCCAUUGAGUUGCCAGCUCCUCCCCCUCUCACUCCUCAACAGAUGCAGCUUUUCCAUCAUCUUCAACAGAAUGAGGCGAGCCUCAACCCUGGCCAGAGACAACAGCUGCAGAAUUUACAUCACCAGAUGAUGCGAUACCAACAGUAUCAACUGAAGGUGCAGCAGCAACGUGCAACAGACCCAGGUCAAAGGUCAGCAGACCUUCUCAAUGGUAUGCCCCUGUCCUCGCCCAUCACAUCAUCAGGACUCUUACCUCAUGUCAACAUUCCAGAAAACUCCACUCAAUCUCAGGGUGAUACAGGAACACCGUUAGCAUCAUCUGUUCAUCCCGAGGGCAGCUCAGAGGCGGGUCUUCCAAAGGAUCUACAGAAAUUUGUCACCGAUCAUCUAAACGAAAUAAACGAGACAGACUUGUCUGCCUUGUUGACCUCUUCAAGGCACGAUUUAGCUACCUCGAUUGCAGAAGACUUACUCGCACAGUUCACACAGAGUCAAAGCUCUACUAUAAAGAAAGAAGAUACACCUGUUUUAAAUUCUCAUCAGUUGUCAGAAUCUAGUCAGCGGGACAGUGCACCUAUCUCUCAUGACUCUGUGAAAAACACUAGUCCCAGUAAACAUUCCGCAAACAGUCCAAAGGAACCACGAAUCGAUCCCACCCAGGUGGAGUACCGAGUGAAAUGUGACAGCGACACAAAGCUUGUGAUAUCACGGAAUAUUCCUCGCAGCCAUUCCCCGCCGCUGGCCCCCUUCAAUGUCUCAAUCAACAUGAAGGGCAGAGAAGUCCUAGCAGCAUGUAAAGGCUAUGGUAAAGGUGGAAUAACCACCAGCAUGUUGGGAGACAGGUGCCCCCCUCGUCCACCUUCCCCUCCCUACCCUCUCCCAAAGGACAGUUUAAAUCCCCCAACACCCAGUGUAUAUCUUGAAACAAAAAAGGAUGCUUUUUCAAUAGAACUUCAGCAGUACUGUUAUUCUCAGCCUGUAGUGGUGAUCAGGGGACUAGCUGGAGCCCUUAAAUUAGAUCUAGGAUUGUUUUCUACUAAGAGUCUAGUUGAGGCCAAUGCAGAUCAUGCAGUAGAGGUUCGCACUCAGAAACAACAAGCUCCGGAUGAGAACCGCGAUCUGUUUGGUAAUCGGCUGUGGCGCUGUGAUAGUAGCCGAGGCAGGACGACCAUAGCCAGAUAUGCUCAAUACCAGGCCUCCUCAUUUCAGGAGUCUCUCAGGGAGGAAAAUGAAAAAGCUAAAGGACUCCACAAGGAUUCUGACAGUGAUUCCAAUUCUUCUUCUGGAGCAAAGGGGAGGAAGAAGAAGACCAUUAAGUUCGGUACUAAUGUGGAUUUAUCGGACGAGAAGAAAUGGAAACCACAGCUUCAGGAGUUGACCAAGUUACCGGCCUUUACAAAAGUUGUGUCUGCCAGCAACCUGCUGAGUCAUGUGGGCAACACCAUCCUAGGGAUGAACACUGUCCAGCUGUACAUGAAGGUUCCAGGGUCAAGGACACCAGGUCAUCAGGAGAAUAACAAUUUUUGUUCGGUGAAUGUCAACAUUGGGCCUGGAGACUGCGAGUGGUUUGCGGUACCAGAGGCUUACUGGGGAGUCAUUCACAACCUCUGUGAAAGAAACAAUGUGAACUAUCUGACUGGUUCCUGGUGGCCGAUUCUGGAAGAUUUAUAUGAGGAGGAUGUUCCGGUGUACCGGUUCAUUCAGAAGCCUGGUGAUCUGGUGUGGGUCGGUGCUGGAACCGUACAUUGGGUUCAGGCUGUUGGCUGGUGUAACAACAUUGCCUGGAAUGUUGGGCCUGUCAAUGCUCGCCAGUUUCAGCUCGCCUUGGAACGCUAUGAAUGGAACAAACUCCAGAGCUAUAAAUCCAUAGUUCCCAUGGUGCAUCUGGCCUGGAACAUUGCCAGAAACUUGAAUGUCUCGGAACCCAAGUUCUUUGAACAAGUGAAGUCAUGUCUAAUGCGCUCUCUGAGACAAAUCCGCUUCACUCUGGACUUUGUGGAGGAACUAGGACUAGAAGUCAAAUGGCAUGGUCGAAAUGAAAAUGAGGCAGCACAUUACUGCAAUGACUGUGAGGUGGAGGUCUUUGACAUUUUGUUUGUUCUGGAACAAGACAAAAAGUUUAUCGUCCACUGCCAGGACUGUGCCCGUAAAAUCCACCCCCGUCUGGAGGGAUUUGUGGUGUUGAAGCAGUACUACACCCAGCAGCUCUGUGAAAUCUUUGAUCGCUUCCAGUUGGCUCAUCAUGUACCAACCAGCUGAAGAAAGUUUUUUUCUAUGAUAGUGGAAAGUGUGUUUUGAGUGACACGACAUUCAAUAUCCACCAGACUAAAGGGAGAGCAUUCAGCCAGUAACGACAAUUCCACUUCUAUGCAAGCCAAAAUACCACCUCUUCAAGAUCUCAACGGAUGUAUUCCACGAAUUCACCACAAAGCUGGGAUUAACACAAUGCUCAUUAAAGUGUCUUAACUUAUACAUGUUCUAUACAUUUUGAUACCAAAGGUUUAUUUAGCAAAAGCACAUAUUAUAUAUAUAAUAUAUAUAUUUAUUUACAAAAGUGUUCUACUUAACCCACCCUUGUCCUGUAUGUGUGGACUCUUCCUUGUUAUUAAGGAAUUGGUUGUAUGUCGCAGUGAUAGGGGUGUGCAGGUUAAGAUUCACUUGUGAUGUAUCUCAUUACCAAUCAACAUGAGGGAAAAUGAUGCAUCUCAUUCUUCCAUCGUGCAUUUCCAUCAGAAGGGCUUUGCCAUGACCUUGAAUAUUUCACCUUGCAUUCGUUUAGCAUUCAUGUUUGAGAAAUUGUGAGAAUAGAUGAGCAAGAAGAUAUUACAUGACCUUUAUGUGGUUUAAAGAAGAGAAAUAUGGCUAUUAGCUUGCACCAGCAGUAAAUUAUGUAGUGGACUGGUGACUACAAUGACUUUGAUUGCUGGACGGAUGAAGUAAUAUUGUGUACUAGUAUCUGAUUGGACGACACUGAGAGUAUGGCAGUGAAGCCUAUUCGUGAUUGUGUGUAAAAGACAAUGCUUCUGUGACUAUUUAUCAGCGUGAGUGAAGCAACUUUAAUUGAUCUCAGGGAAGAUGAACACAAUCCAAGAGAUGUCUGUGUAUUCUAGAGAAUGUCCUGUUUGCACUGCUGGAAAUACAGCGACUGCAGAUCUACACGGAGAUAUGUUAGUGCGAAUCCGACUGUGUUGGCCCCGAGAUUGUUCCUUAUAGAGUUGUGUGGCGACAGGAGUAUACUGGGAUGUUUCAGUGUGUGUGCAUGUGUGUGUGUGGGCGGGCCUCCAGUUUGUACUAUUUAUUUAACAGUUUCUGUUGUAUGAAGAAUGUGCUGAGCGGUGACAUUUUAUUACCUAGUGCUAAGAGUUUGACUUUAAUUAAGACUUCUUGUGGAGAUUGACUUAAUGGCUCUAUAUAUAUCACAUGUAAUUAAACAGAUAGCAAACAGGAGGAAUAUACGUUGAUGUGUUUUCUGUGGAUGUGAGCUGUCUGAGUAUGCUGGGUUUUUAUUAUGCUGAAGCAGUGAUUAAAGAGAUGAGAUUUUGAUUUAUGUGACUAAUGUUUAAGGCUGUAUAAUAAUAUUGCAUGAAUAGUUAAUUGCAGUAAAUGCCAGCCUUUCUUGUUGAACAAAGGUUUGACACCUGAAUUUUUGUGAUCUCAGAUAUAUAUUCAUUCUUUGUCAUUAUUUUUUACGAAUUAUACUGUACAUGUAUACGCACAAUGAUUUUUUUUAAAGAAACAAAAUGUCACUAGAAAUUGUUAUGAAAUUUGUUUUUUGUCAGUUUUGUACCUACAUGAUGCUGGUGAUUGCCUUGUCAGUGAGAACCCCACCCCCUUUGUUUCCAAUAAGUUAUGAUAUCUCUCUUAACAAACGGUUUCCCCAAUACAACCUCCCCCCCCCUUUUAAAAAUUUGAAAUGUAUAUCAAAAUACUUAGAAAAUUAAAUUAAUGCUAAAACAUUUCCAUUUAGUUAUCAUGGAUUGGAUAUUAAUGGUAAAGGUUUAAAUUAAUAAAUAGCUAUUUUUUCUGGGUCAGUUGCAAAGGGGAAACCAACAGCACGUCUUUGAUAUAUACAUUCUGAUCCAAGUGCUGCCAAAUUAAAAAUGAACUAUAGAAUGAUUUUAUAUUCAUUUCUUCCCAUAUAGUAGAUAUGUACAGUAGGGAAAGCAUGUUUUGUUUGAAUUAGUUUGUAGAUACAAAGUAGUUUAAUUUUGUAGUAUACAAAACUUACAUCUCUUCCGCUUCUGUGACUUGUACAGUAUUGUGCAUUAACUUGAUAUUUUUAUGGAGUUUGCAUUUUAAAGUGAAAUUUGAUAAUUUUUUUGAAAUGCUAUAAGUACUAAGCUUAGGGAUAAAAGUCAUCAGAGUGUUUGUUUACCAUUUCUGUAGGACUGCAAGUCACUUUUAGUUUGCGAGACCUUAUUUUUCGUGUGGAUACAAUGAUGUAUUUAUUCACAAGACAUACAGUAACUUUUGCGAAUCAUUAUUUAUUAUUUAAGUCUUCUGUGUGCAAGAGUUUAUUUGUGAGAACUAAAUUUUCUCCAAUGGCUUGUCUUGCGAAAUUGCAUGUAAAUGAUGUUCUUGUGAAUUAAAUGUGAUUUACAGUACCAAAAUGCACAUUGUAUUUUCGCAAUUUGUACAAAACAGUACACAUGUACUCGAGAAUUGUAAGCAGUAAUGCUUACUGCUUUUAUAUAAUGCAGAUUAUGAAAACUGCUAGAAAUCCUUAAAACGUACCUCUAUGAUUUAUUAAAUUUAUUUUUGCGGAUGUUGGAGACCUAUGAAGUGCUAACCAAUACAAUUUCUGCAUCACAUACCUCAUCUUGUCAUUACGUAUUUUUGCCUCUUUUUUCUUUUUCAUUGGGUGAUUUGAGAGUCUGUCUAAAAUAUAUUUAUUGUGUUGCAAUAAAACACUGUAAAACUACA